UUGGUGACAACUUGAAUUGUGCGUGCUGCUGACCAUUUCAUAAGUCUUUGUGCCACACAAAUAAUUCCAAGGACAUUAUGGCUAUGGAGGUGGCGCAACACAACUGGAAGGAGGUGGUGCCGGAGACCGCAGUAGAGGCGGAGGAGACGGUGGAGGAGGCACUUGUCGGACGUCGAGGUCGACGCACCGCCAACGAUGACGGUGGUGCUGUUAAUGAAGAAGAGGUUAACAAGGAGGAGGAGCUUAACAAUAGCAUCUACUUUGACAAGAAUGGAGGUAUUGAGAACUUGGCUGCCAAUUUAAAGACUAUAGACUUUCAGAAGGUUCUAGACGGUGUUGUCAAUGGUAAUGAGACGGGAAAUGCUAAGGCAGAAAUUCUUUCUGGUGUAUGUCUUCCACCUGCACUAGGACAUGAUUCACAGGAUGAGACAGGAAAUUCUAAGGGCAAGUUUCUUUCUGGUGUAUGUCUUCCACCUUCACUAGGAUAUGAUUCACAGUCAAGUGCUUCAGUCACAAAAGGAAGUGAAAAUGAAAGAAUCAUUGAAGAGGAGGAAGUCGUCGAGUUGGAGUUCUUUGACACGACAGCAGUUGAUAAGCUACACACACAUAAUGCAUACUGUCCUAACUGCAGUUCUCGUAUAACCAAGGUUGUCCUCCGAAGGGUAAAGCGGGAAAGAAGGAUUCCAGUAGAAACUGAUGAUCGUCAGGAUCUACUUGGAUGCUGUUCAUGCUUCAGCAUUUUCAUUCUUAUAGGAAAGAAGCUCAAUCCAUUCCCGCUUUUUGGAAGUGGAGGAGGAAACUCUGUGCCUUCUGGUUCUGCAACUGAAGAGGGAAAGUCAGUUCCAAAUGAAGAAGGAUGCUUUGAUCUUCAUUGGUUUCUUCGCAAGAGAAAAGUUACGGAUGGAAGAAAGUUCACUGAGCCAGCUGGGCAGAACACUCAUCCUUUUCCUAAUGGAAGACUACCAUCAGCCAAAGACGAUGCAGCUGACAAUAAAUCCCCAACCGCCAAGAAACCUUCAGGAACUCCUCCAGCAAAAGGACCCACACAUCCCGGCAGUAUUUUUGAUCUUGGAGAGGAAGGUGGCUUCAUUCCUGGGGCAAUGCCUUCAAAGAAACCACCAAGUGAAAUUAAAGAGAAUAAAGGAGAUGAUUGGCGAAUUCCUAUGGAUGACCCAGGAGCCUCAUCAUCAACUGCGGAUUCCAGCAGUACACAAAGACCAUUAUUUCCAGUUGAAGUUAAAAAUACCAAAUCACUGGAAAUUGUAAAAUGCAUAGUAUAUGGAGGUUUAAUAGAGUCAAUUACAAGCUUGGGUGUGGUUUCCUCUGCAGCUGCUUCCGAUGCGGACACAACGAAGAUCCUAACUAUUGGGGUGGCAAAUCUGAUAGCUGGAUUUUUUGUCAUUUGUCAAAAUUUGGUAGACUUGAAGUAUAAUGUCGGAGGAGGUUCUAAUCUUAGUGAUCAAGCAGAUCGAUAUGGAGAGCUACUUGGCCAAAGAAAGCAUUUCCUACUUCAUGCUACUUUUGCCCUGUUGUCAUAUUUUAUAUUUGGCCUUGUCCCACCAGUAGUAUAUGGAUUCGCAUUUCGUAAGAGUGACGAUAGAGACUACAAGCUUAUAGCAGUUGCAGCGGCUUCUCUUUUGUGCAUUAUCAUACUUGCUGCUGCAAAGGCUUAUACACAAGGAGCAAAUAAGUUUAGUAGAUACUUAAAGACUAUUGUGUCCUAUAUUACAGCUGCAGGUAUGGCCUCGGGUGUUGGUUAUGCAGCAGGUCAUUUAAUUAAGAGGCUCAUGGAUCACUUGGGCUGGUUUGACUCAAAUCCUGCACCCUCUCUUUUUAUCCCCGAGACAAUUUCACAAAAUCCAGCCUGGGCAUCCUAUUGACAUCUUCUCCGUGUUGUUAAAUCUUCUGUAUUUUCCUCUUCGUUCUUUGUAACCUUUUAGUACCUCUGAGAAUUUGGCUGUUUCCUUGGGAAUUUUGAGUGAGCGAGUGAGUUUUUGUAUUGGUUGUUCCUAUGUGAUAUUCUGAAGAUGUUUCUGUAGCCCCUGCUUGUGCUAUUCAAACUUUUCUAGUAUUAUGUAAUACCCCUAUUUGGAGCGUGCUUUUAGUA